AUGUCUUCCUCUCUCGACUCAGACAGCGACCACUCAGGUGUCCCGAUGGAGUCCAGUGUCAAGUCACCUUCCUCACCUAACAAAGAGAUAGAAAUGCAACCAGAUCUUUCUGAGGACUGGAAACCACCAUCCCGGUUCUAUGUUAGGCUUUGUUUCACUGCCCUCUGCUACUUCUCUGUUGGAAAGCCCAAUCUUGAGGAACUUUGGCAGGAGGUGAGAGAGGUGGGCUGGAAGAAGCGUAACGAGCGCUUCCGGACCCUAGUGCUGUGUUACCUCUGCAUGCAAAGAUCGGCCAUACUUUGUUAUUUCUAUCUCAUGUGGAGACCACCUCACACUAAAAUCGUCGAAAGUGUUUCCACCGUACAUUACGAUACAUUGGUUAGAUUAUCAUUGAUAUUUUCGCUGCAUGGGCUACUCUACCACAUGUUGUUCUGGCGAUCCGACACGGCGAUCGAGCUGCAUACCAAUCAGAGGAUGCAGAAGCUAUUCUAUUUGUCGCGUCGAAAAGCGCUGACUCAUGUCAGUCUCGUUCGCAUGACUACCCUUACUGCUGUCUGCUCUGUGGGGUUUCUCGCAGGUGGUUUUAUUGCAAUUAUUUUGGGAGCUAAUUUAAAUACCUCUCUUGCCGCCGCGGCUGUGGUCGCCCUGUUCUUGGAUGCAAUGAUGUGGGUGGACGAUCUAGUGGCCUUAUUGAUGGGUCUAUUAGCUUUCAUUGUGUGGGUCGGCCUCGGCAUGCGUUACGUCAAUAUGACACAACGGCAGUAA